UUAUAAAGCAACACGUACUCAAAUAUCAUAAAACGAAAGAGCAAAGAGAGUGUAUGUUGCUUGUGUUUAUUUUCUGAGGAAAAAUAACUGAGAUGGCGGGCAUCAAGUUAUAUCGGACUGUGUUCUUGUUAUGUUCCGUGGCUCUGCUGGAUGCAACCAAAUGCCCCAGCGGUACGAAUUAUCCAGAGUUCUGUCCACGAUUGGGAGAUAAAGCGGAUCUCACAACAUGUUGUCUCACGAGCGACAACAAGCCCGACUGCUGCAAGACGCCUGCGUCUGUUAGAAAAGUGACAAUCUGCCCGCAAGGGUAUAUUACACCGCAAUGCCCGGGUAAAAAUGACCCUGAUGAAUUGAACAUUUGCUGUCGGUUUGUAAAGAAUAUCGUAGCCUCAGAUGCAUGUUGUAGCUCAUCCUGGGUUAUGACCGAUGGAGCCAAACUGGGGCGAAUAGAUUCCUCUUCUUCAUUGGAAGAAGACGUGGCAUACUGGCGAACUGGAGUGAUCGUACUUGGCGUGCUUUUUUCACUUGCCCUUAUUUCAGCCAUAUCUGGCUGGAUGGCCUGGUGCUGUGCAUGUUCCUGUAUUGGAGACAACGACGAGUAGGGAUCCAAUUUACCAUCAUCGUCGAAGGUUUAAACAUUCUCUAUGUUCCGAUAAACUGGGAUGAUACCCGUACGUUUUGGUGUAGCAGAUCAAAUGGUAAUCUCUUUUAUGGGCGGUUAUUUCCGCAUUAAAUGAUGUCCUAAAACGCGUCUUUAUAACUGGCGACUCGUGUGUGUGUGUAGAGCAACCCGUGCGUACAGAGCAAAACGCGCGUAUCUGACUCGCGACCCCUACAAAGAACAUAACGCGAAUGUAUAACUACUGUCGCAUAAACGUGCCGUCGGAUAACUAGUGUCGGAUAACUAGUGUCGGAUAAGUGCUGUCGGAUAACUGCUGUCGCAUAUAAGGUUCCUCAGCCUCCCGCAUCGCGGCGCUAGUUAUUAUUACUUUUGUUCUUAUCUUUUUGGAACAGACUCAGAAUUGGAAAAACAGAUAAAUGGGCUUAUAUCUUUUAUAACAUAACUAGGGAGCAUUUAGACAAGGGUUAUUUAAACCAAGGCUGGUGUAAAAGUGUGAAAACUGUUCUAGACGGCUGUGGCCUCACUCAAAUUGGUAUACUCCCGAGGUUUUGUCCCUACGAGAACUGAAAAUUGUAGUUGAACAGAUAAUGAGAGACCAGUGUGAACAACUAUGGAGAAACGAGGUAAAUAACGAUUUCAGAUGUAUAAUUUAUAGAAUGUUUAAACAAAACCUGAAUAUGGAGCCCUAUGUUAAAAAAUUACCAUUAUAUCAAACGGUCAGUAUUUGUAAAUUUCGUACUGGAUCUAUAAAAUUCCCAGAAACAGUAACCAGAAUGUAUAGAAAUGAAACUGCAGAAAAUAUUUGUGGUCUUUGUGACCAGGUUUGUGUAAGAGACGAACUUCAUUAUUUUAUUACGUGUCCGUAUUUCCGUCACAUGCGAGUAAGGUUGUUUCCAAACUUAAAAGAAUUACCUCAGGUUUUUUAUCAUGAAUUUUUCCAUCGCAUUAUGACUAAAUGUUCCCGGGUAAACUUAGACAAUAUUCAUAGUUUUUGUAAAGAAUUCAUCUGCUUGGUCCACCAUAUGUAAAUGUUAAAUCAUGUAACCUCUUAUACCCGAAAGGGUUUUUUGGAGAGAAAUAAAUUAUGUUAUGUUAUGUUAUGUUAUGUUAUGUUCUAUGCGACGUA